CCCCAUCAUCGCAUCUCUGGCGCCUUCCAUAAUGUCCGACCUGCCAGAUUCCCUCCUCUCCCAGAAGACUUCCGACUCCGGUCUACACAUCCAACUCCAUCCGCUGAUUCUCCUCACCAUCUCCGACCACAUCACCCGCCAUGCCGCCCGGUCCCAACAAGGCCCUAUCAUCGGAGCGCUAUUAGGCCAGCAAAACGGACGAGACAUUACCCUUGAACAUGGCUUCGAGUGCCUAGUGACAGAAGGAUCAAAUGGCGAAGCGCAGAUUCCGCACGACUGGUUCGUGGAGAGAGUCAAGCAAUUCAAGGACGUCCACAAAGCGCCCCCCCUCGACCUCGUCGGCUGGUGGUCAACCGCACCACCCACCGGCCCCAACGCCGCCCACCUCUCCAUCCACCGCCAAAUCCUCCAGAACUACAAUGAAUCCGCCGUAUUCCUCGCCUUCCACCCGUCGCAGGUGCAGGGGGCAUCCUCCAACGGCGGCAAACUGCCCCUGACCAUCUACGAGAGCGUUUACGAGGGCGAAACCGCCGCGGAAAGCGGCAAGACCAUGCAGAUCGACGGCGAGGAGCAGCAGCAAUCCCUCACCAUCCGAUUCCGGGAACUGCCCUACUCCGUCGAAACCGGGGAGGCGGAGAUGAUCGGGAUCGACUCCGUCGCUAGGACAGCCAGGAACGCCGCUGUGGAUGCCCCCGCUUCUAGAUCGCUGUCGAAGCAACCCAAAGAUACCAAGGAGAAGCAGUCGGCGGAGUCGGCGUUGCUUUCGCCGGAGGAGGAAGAACUAAUCACCAGCCUAACAACCCGCCUCAAUGCCAUCCGCACCCUCGAAUCGCGCAUCUCGCUCAUAAAGUCCUACGUCACAAGCAUCUCUACCUCCUCCCCCAUCCCCCUCUCGCACCCCAUCCUCCGCAACAUCAACGCCCUCAUCUCGCACCUCUCCCUCCUCACCCCGCAAGAACAUAGCGCCUUUACGGCCGAAACCCUCGCCCAGACCAACGAUGUCCACCUCGUCGCGCUGCUGGGCCAACUGGGCCAGAGUAUCAGCGCAAUGCGCGAGCUGGGGAAACGUACGGCUAUCAUGAAUAAUAUGCGGCGGAGUAUGGUGUCGUCCCGGAAGGCUCAGUUGACGAUGCAGGGGAGGUUUGGGGAAGAGUUUUUCUCGGGGAGGGAUGGGGUGGCGCAUGGGUAGAUAUAGAUAGAUACCGUGGUGGUGGCGGCUGUUUAGCUGGGAG